AGUGGGGACACUUCCUGAUUGGUUUGCGACACUGCUGGCUCCAGAGCCAGAGGAAACACAGAAGUACAAGCAGGAGAAGUGCAGAGUGGCCUCGUGACUGUAAAGAGCAAAGAAGGGCUGAAGCAAGGGGAGGCCGUCUUUACUCCACUGCAGGACGCUGCCGCACCAUGUCUCUGGCUGAGACCAUCCGACUGUGGAACGAGGGAGUGUGUGCUACAGACCGCAAGGACUGGACAGCUGCGCUGAAUGCUUUCACCUCAGUGCAGAACCCCCCUUCCAAACUCUGCUUUAACAUUGGCUGCAUCCACCUGAUCCUGGGGAAUUUGGCUGAGGCAGAGCAGGCGUUUGCCAGGAGCAUUAACUGUGACAAGCACUUAGCCGUGGCCUAUUUCCAGCGUGGGACAGUGUUUUACAGGAGAGAGAACUACGAAUUGGCCAUUGAGGAUUUUAAAGAGGUGUUGGUCCUGCUGCGAGGGAACCUGCUGAUAGACUACAAGAUCCUGGGGCUGCCAUUCAGACUGUUUGCUUGUGAGGUGUUGUAUAACAUAGCCCUGCUCUAUGCCAAGCUGGAGGACUGGAGAAAAGCUGAAGAGCAUCUGACGCUGGCGAUAAGCAUGAAGACUGAGCCCCGGCACAACAAGAUUGACAGGGCGAUGGAAGCCAUCUUGAAGCAUAGACUCUUUGAGCCGGUGGCGAUUCCUCCAGGGAAGCUGUUUAGGCCAAAUGAAAAGCAAGUGGCUCAGCUGGAGAAGAAGGAUUACCUGGGAAAAGCUACGGUCGUGGCGUCUGUCGUCGACAAGGAUAGUUUUUCAGGGUUUGCUCCCCUUCAGCUACAGACGCCUGGCCCUCCACCCAGACCAAAGACGCCAGAAAUCCUCCGGGCCCUGGAAGGGGAGCCUCACCGUGUGCUGUUCGAGUUCACGCCCGAGACCGCAGAGGAGCUGCAAGUCCUGCCAGGAAACAUUGUCUUUGUCCUGGCGAAGGGGAAGGACAACUGGGCCACCGUUAUGUUCAACGGGAAGAAAGGGAUUGUCCCCUGUAACUACCUUGAGGCCGUGGAGCUCCAGAACCAGCCGCAGGUCCGGGAGGAAACCCCUGCUGAGUUGGACAUCCCUGCCCCACCCAGUUCCACUGCUCCGGAAAAGCCCAGGUCUCCAGCACCAGCUCACGGUCCUGGUACUUCUGGAAAACAGCAGCAAGAAGCUGCAAAGGAUGUAGGAUCAGCUACCUCAAGCCCUUAUGUUCUCAAGGUGCAUUACAAGUAUACAGUAGCAAUACCAGUCCAUCUUGGAAUCACCUACAGCGAACUCCUGGACACGGUGUGCAAGAAACUGGAGCUCACACCAGAGCAUACAAAACUGAGGUACCGGCCUGCAGAGAGUGAGGAGCUGGUAACUCUGAGCGAGGACAGCAUGAAGACAGUAUGGAGUCAUGCUAAGGACUAUUGCCUGACACUGUGGUGCGACGUCACAGAGGGAGACAAAGAUUUACCCAGAGGGGAAGAUGGCCAAGCUGAGGAGGGUACCCAGAAGACACCACCACAACAGCUGGAAGCAAACCAUGUGGUAGCUCGAUACAGUUAUGAAGCCAUCCAGCCCGAGGACCUGGAGUUCCAGGCAGGAGAUGUGAUACUCAUUUUAUCCAAAGUGAAUGAAGAGUGGUUGGAAGGCCAGUGCAAGGGGAAGGUGGGCAUUUUCCCCCGAGCUUUUGUUCAAAAAAGUGAUGCCGAAAACCCUGAAAUCUAAUUCCACAGAAGCUUGAGGACCCCAGGACAUGCAACAGUAGCGUUUAAGAUGUCUCCUCUCAUUAACCUCUGUAUACAGAAAUGUUACCCUUGUGUGUAAGAAAAGCCUUAAUUUUCUUUGUUUCACCUUUUGGUUUGCCCCAGCUCUUAUUUAAACAUGUCCCAGUUAGCACCUUGUUUAUGAACCAUCUCCCAGCACGGAGACCAGCUACUCAGGCCUGCCUGAACAGUUGCGCUUUUAGACCACUUGAGAAGCAGCAGCUCUCCCCACAUCUAUUCUGCCUCUGGCAAGAAUCAGGAAACCGCUUCUCAAAGAGGGCAGUACUGUUCUAUUUAUGGCACUGCCAGCAAGAAUGGAAAAGGAGCUGGCAGUCAGGAGAGAAGGAUCAGGACAAGUUAAUCCUGCCUCAUCAUUAGUCACCUGACUGCUAGCCUCCACAACCUACUUCUCCCUUUCCCCCUUCCAACAUGACUGUAUUUUUUCUGCUCCCAUCAUUCAGUAAAAUGGCUCUUCUUUCAGUGCUUCACCUUCACUGACUAGUAGCCGGGAUUUCUCAAAACCCUUAGGAAGGCACCUUUUCUCGUAUCAGAGCUACUAUCCCUUCUGGUAGCAUAGCAGCUAUGGAUAAAAUUACUGUCAAGUCUCUGCACUGACAUUUACACUAUUGGGUGUCCUACACUUAUCAGACGAUUUCCCCAUUCUAAGUACUAACAUGUAUGUUCUGGAAAGUCCCCACACUCCUACCAGUAGAAAUAUUGAUAUUUGUUUUCAAGUGAAUUUAUUGUUCUUGAAAGAUGUCUGAAAACAGAAACAUGAAAGCUACCACAUCACUACAGUGCUGGCUUGCCUACACUGCCCCACUAAUGUGCCUCAAACCUGACAAAGGUACUAGCCUCAGACAAGGCAAUUCAGUUUCCAAAGCUCAUUUAAGAAUUGGCCCCACAUUGUUACUAUGACAAGAACAGUACUAUCAAGGAUGACGUCAACACUUGUGCCACUAGGACUUGAACUGAGACCAAACAUCCAUCAGGUAGUAAGGACAUGGUCACUGCCAUCCUGAUGUGUAUAUGGACAAAUGGCCUGUGGACAAAAAGCUCCACAUGUAUCAAUCCCCUACCAUCCCUAACUUUAUUGAUUCACAUUCCACCUUCAAAAGACACUGUUAAAAGUACCACAUGCAAAUUUCUCUUUCUGCACAUUUAUUUUAGACCUUAUUAGGCUCAACUGAAGUAUUUACAAACUCAGUAAAAUAAGUGGUGAAUUAGGCUGAUGGAGAUCUUCCUGGGGAAGUCAUAGAAAGGAGUUUGGCUGUGGGAGUGUAGGCGUUAGGUUAGAGGACAGGAGAUUUAGAAUUGGUCAGGAAUUUUUUUUACAAAACCUUUUCCCCCUCCUUUCCCCCCCCCCCAAUCGGAAAAUGCCACUUUGUUGAAACCAAAACUUUCUACAGGAAUGUACCAGAGUUUUGACAAAACUGUCAUCAGGGAAGGUCUCAGGUCCAGGAUGGAAUUUCUGCUCAAAACCAGAGAGACACACCCCCUUCCCCUCACACACACUAGAACAGCCAGGUGGUUUGGGCAUUCAUCUGGAUGUGGGCGAUCCAGUGAAUAUCUAAUUAUUUAUACAACAGCGCCAACAGGAGAGACACCCAACCCAGCAUUCAAACCAGGAACCUGAACCUGGGUCUCACCCAUCCCAGGUGAGUGCCCUGGACACCAUGUUAUUGGCUGUUUUGGGGUGGGCUCUCUUGCUCGGUUUUGCACACACUUCAAAAGAACUCAGUUCCACCAGGAUGCAGAAUGGGGAAGUUUCAAAAUGGUAAAAAGGUUCACAUGGGGGGAAAACCAUUUCCUUCCCAGCUCUAAUGGUGUUAGACUGAGGAUACAGGUUCUGGCUGGAGUGUAGAUGGGCUCUGGUGGUGAGAACGUGUGAGAGAGUAUGUCAAAAAGCAGGGAGACACAGAGGGGUGGGGGAGUCUUAGCUGGACAUCCAGAGCUUUAACUGGACACCAAGAAGCUUCAGCCAGUUUACCCUUACUCCAAGGCUUCUGGUUCCCAGUUCCACUUUGGUUCUCUCUGAGCCAGGGAGCUGCCAGUCUCACUGCAACCCCAGCCUCACAGGAGUUUUACACACAAAAGUCUCCUCCUAACCUGGGCCCAUAACUCACAUCAUCUUCUUCAUUAACACUUUCUGGGGUGUAAGGGAUUUUCCAGCCCACCAGUCUCCCUUUCUGGUCCCCAUCCUAGGGAGCCUCUCUCCUGACUUCAUACUCUCCUGUAAUUCGCCUUCUGGGAGUCACUUAACAGCCGGGUUUUAUGUUAAGGUGGCGGCUACUUGCUUAACACCUGACCCCAUUCCCGCAACUAGUCUGUGGCUCCCUUGGAUUCCGCUUUCCUUAAAGGGGCCAUCUCCUUGAAUAGGGGUCAGUUGGGAUCCCUUAAAAAGGAACAGCCCACCCUGUUACAGCCUCACGUAUCGCCAGUGAUGCACAUACCACAGUUUGGGAACCCCAGCCCUAAAUAUUUCCAUCAGCCCUCAG